CGAGGGCGCCCCGGGGCGGCGCGCGGCGGAGGCGGCGAGCCCGGCCCGCGCCCCGCCCUUCCUCCCAGUUGCGGCCGGCGCGCUCGGAAGUUGGAGGCCGAGGACGAUGGCAGGAGCCGGGGCCCGGGCGGGCCAGCGCCGCGCCGCGGGGCCCCUGUGAGUCGGGCCGGCCCGGGAGACGCGCGCGCGGCCUCCGAUGCGCCGCGCGCGGGGGCGCCGGGGAGCGCAGCCGCCGCGGGCCCGAGCCGGGGAGGCCCCGGGCAUGGACUCGCGCCCGCCGCCAGCGCCGGGCCCCGGGGCGCGCGGGGCGGGCGGCGCCCAGUGAUCCGGGCCGGGCGCGAGCGCAGCCGGGCCGCCGCCCGCCCGCCGCCGACUGGGCGCGGCCACACCCUCGGCUUCUCCCGGCGGGAGGACGAGAUGCGCCCCGGGCCGGGGGCGCCCGGCGGGGUCGCUCCGCGCCGAGCCCACGUGCGGCGCUGACAGCGGGGUCGCCGGAGCCGCCGCCCGCGCCCCUCCCCGAGGACCGGCUGCGGAUUUCAAAGAAAGGAAGGAAGGAAGGAAGGAAGGACAACUCCCAGUUUCCCCCGCCCGCCGCGCGGCCGGCCAUGCCCAGGAAGGCGGCGGCGGCGGCCCGGCACAAGGGACUUUCCUGGCCGCGCGGGCCGUGAGCGCGCGCCCGGUUCAUGGUUCCUGCCGGCCGGCCCGGAGCCCCGCCGCCGCCCGCCCGCCCCGCGCGCCCCGCCGCCGCCCGCCGCCCGCCGCCCGCCGCCGCCGCCGCCGCCGCCGCCCCGCGCGCCCUGCCCGCCGCGCUGCAUGGCAUGAUGGUGCGGCGGGGGCGCCGCGGCCCGGGCCAGCUGACGCGCGGCGGUGGUAGCGGGCUCCCCAGCGGCAUGCCAGUGCCCCCCGGGCGCGAUGGCUAGCGGCAGCGCCGGGCAGCCCACCGGCGAGGCGGCUUCCCCGGCUCCCCCCGCGAGCGCCGGCGGCGGGGCCGGCUCGCAGCCGCGCAAGAGGCUGGCGGCCGUGUGCGACCACUGCAAGGGCAAGAUGCAGCUGGUGGCCGACCUGCUGCUGCUGGCGAGCGAGGCGCGGCCGGUGCUCGUCGAGGGCCCCGCGGCGGCCGGCGCCGAGUCCUUCGAGCAGUGCCGGGACACCAUCAUCGCGCGCACCAAGGGGCUCUCCAUCCUGACGCACGACGUGCAGAGCCAGCUCAACAUGGGCCGCUUCGGCGAGGCCGGGGACAGCCUGGUGGAGCUGGGCGACCUGGUGGUGUCGCUGACCGAGUGCUCGGCGCACGCCGCCUACCUGGCGGCCGUGGCCACGCCGGGCGCGCAGCCCGCGCAGCCGGGGCUGGUGGACCGCUACCGCGUGACGCGCUGCCGCCACGAGGUGGAGCAGGGCUGCGCCGUGCUGCGCGCCACGCCGCUGGCCGACCUGACCCCGCAGCUGCUGCUGGAGGUGUCCCAGGGCCUGUCGCGCAACCUCAAGUUCCUGACGGACGCCUGCGCGCUGGCCAGCGACAGGUCCCGGGACCGCUUCGCGCGGGAGCAGUUCAAGCUGGGCGUCAAGUGCAUGAGCACCAGCGCGUCGGCGCUGCUGGCCUGCGUGCGCGAGGUCAAGGCGGCGCCCAGCGAGCUGGCGCGGGGCCGCUGCGCGCUCUUCAGCGGGCCCCUGGUGCAGGCCGUGAGCGCGCUGGUGGGCUUCGCCACCGAGCCGCAGUUCCUGGGCCGCGCGGCCGCCGUGAGCGCCGAGGGCAAGGCGGUGCAGACGGCCAUCCUGGGCGGCGCCAUGAGCGUGGUGUCGGCCUGCGUCCUGCUGACCCAGUGCCUCAGGGACCUGGCCCUGCACCCGGACGGCGGGGCCAGGAUGGCGGACCACCGGGACAGGCUGCGGAGCUCGGCCUGCGCCGUGUCGGAGGGCUGCACCCUGCUGUCUCAGGCUUUGCGCGAGAGGUCUUCGCCCAGGACUUUACCGCCCGUGCAUUCCAAUUCUGUGAAUUAGCCCCGGACUGAAGGAAGCUCCUGCCCCCACCCCUCCAUGUAUACCAAAGAGAUCACAGGUGAAGCGCCCCUCCCCACGCCCCCACGCGCCGCCCCGCCCCAUUCCUUUGAACCCCCCUGGAGGAUCUUCCAGAAGGCAGGGACCACGCACCUGGAGGGAGGGGCCCUGGGCCCACCGCGGCCUGUGCCUGUGGACCCCGGAGAUGGCCGAUGGGACAUCUGGUGGCUGUGCCUCCGACCCCGCCCUGGCUUCCCCUCCAGAAUUCCUCAAACUAAACCUUCUGAUGAAUCUCGGGCAGGAAGGAGGUCGUGGGUUCAUUUUGGGUUGGUUUGUUUGGGUUCGGCUUUUUUUUUUUUUUUGGUCUUUGUUUUCUGAUAAAAGAAAAGGUUACCUCAGUUCUCCCUAGACAUGGAUGUAGCUACCUUUAUUGUCUGUUGUUAACUUUUCCGGCAGUGGAGUUGGGUCAGGAGUACCUUGGUGUGCAGAGAAUCUGCUUUGCCAUCUGGUUAGCAAACGGAGAGGGGAGGCGGCUGUGAGUGUGUGUCCUGUUUUUUUAAUUUACAUUAUCGAGUGAUUUCCCUCCCGCCCCGCCCAAUGUCAAGUUUUUACCUUGCAUGUACUGGAGUAUUUAUUUCAUCUAUUAAAAUGUUAUGUUUCUCA